UUUCUCCCUGACACGUCUCUGUUCCUACGCCGACAAUCGCUCAAUCUACAUCCCAGUAUCCGACCAAAACAACACGCCGCUGAAGGGCAACGGAGCGUCUUCUGUCCGCCUCGGUAACGGGCACAUCCUCAACGCCCCAGUCCCUCCCUCCACUCUCUCUUCCCCUUCCCUCCCUCCAUCUCUCUCCCUCUCUCUCCUUCCUCCAGGCUGUCUGUUCUUCCUGUGCCUGGGCAUCAUGUAUAUGUUUCGUUCCAACAUGUACUUUGCUGCCCCGUUCCAGGAGAAGAUAGUGAUCGGUAUCUUCUUCAUCGGGGCCAUCCUGUGUCUGUCCUUCUCCUGGCUCUUCCACACCGUCUACUGCCACUCUGAGGGCGUCUCUCGCGUCUUCUCCAAACUGGACUACUCUGGCAUAGCCUUCCUGAUCAUGGGCUCCUUUGUUCCGUGGCUCUACUACUCGUUCUACUGCUCUCCCAACCCCAGGUUAAUCUACCUUGUAGUAGUCUGCAUACUAGGAGUCUCUGCCAUCAUCGUCUCACAGUGUGACUUCUUCGCUAAGCCACAGUACCGCGGCGUCAGAGCAGGAGUGUUUGUAGGUCUGGGUCUGAGCGGUGUGGUCCCCACCCUGCACUUUGUCAUCACUGAAGGCUUGCUGAGAGCCACUACUAUGGGUCAGAUGGGCUGGCUCCUCCUCAUGGCUACUCUCUACAUCUCUGGAGCCUGUAUCUACGCAGCCCGCAUCCCAGAGAGGUUCUUCCCUGGGAAAUGUGACAUCUGGUUCCACUCCCAUCAGUUGUUCCACGUCCUGGUGGUGGCGGGAGCGUUCGUCCAUUUCCACGGCGUGUCCAACCUGCAGGCCUUCCGCUACGCUGCCGGGGCGGGCUGUGAAGAGGACAAUGCCCUGUGAAGAUCCUGCACGUCACGUCAACACACCACCAGGGGGAGACACGCAUAUAUACACACACACACACGCAUAACACAUACAGACACGGGAGACUGAUGAACACACACACACACACACACACACACACACACACACACACACUGACUCCCCAGUAGCGACCCGUCUCUCUCUGUACAUGUCUACAGGAGACCCCUUAGAGGACACAC